UGUGCACCGAGACGCGGCUUCAAACAGAGGCGAUUCUCACGGCGGGUUCAUAGGUAACGCCAGUCCGCGACGCGAUACCAACCGAGCACAACGCUCCAUUGAAUCAGCAACGCGUUAAAUUAGGCCAGCUUAUCGGCCAGGUAAAAAUGGCCUGUCUCACUAGGAAGUUUUCCCUAUCAUGGGUGCAGCUUGGCCUGGUUUUGUGCUUUAUCUAUUGCGCUAUCGGCGUUCCGCAGUUAGACCUACCGCCGAUUCCCAGUACUUCUCAAAGCGGCUAUGGCCUAUCCAGUACUCCGUCGUCUCUCAAUUCUCCCGGGAAUCAGUUUGACAGGAAUUAUCAGUUCAGCACUGCGAGACCGAGUCCUACCAGCGCGCCUGGAGUUUACCAAGUUUCCUCCACCCCGUUUAACGGAAUAAGUCCGGACAUAAGCAACAAUGGGUAUCCAAAUGUUGACUAUAACAGCAGAAACCCUAGUUCUACGCUCCGGCCCUAUGACGAGAGUAAUGGAGACGACAGAAUUGAUAUUAAUAGUGAUCCAAACUUCAGAAGAAACGACCCCAACUUUGUCAGGAACGACCCGAAUUACGUAGGAACUAAUCCGUAUGAUUUCAAUCGGGGCGGAGACGUAAAUAGUAUUGAUGAUAGAUACCGCCAAGUGAAUUUGCAGCAGGUCAGAGAUUUUCUGGCACAGGCUGACGAUCAGGCUUCGAAGGAAUGCACCAAUAAUGUCGCAGCGCAGUGGAACUUCGAAACAAACGUCAAUGAUGAAACACAGCAUGCAGCGCUGGACGCCCAACAGCGCUACACAUUGUUCCAGCGAGGACUAUGGGAGGCCGCGCAGCAAAUACCUCGUGGAGCUAUCAGGGACUUUGCGACCUUCAGACAACUCCGGCUUCUGUCUAUUAUAGGACCUGCAGCUCUACCCCCCGAUCAACUGGAUAGGUACAACCGUAUAAUAAACGACAUGCUGGCUGUUUACAAUACUGCCGAGGUCUGCGCCUACAACGAGCCAUUCAAGUGUGGUCUCCAUCUCCAACCGGAGCUGCAGUACAUCAUGUCCCACUCCAGAGACUGGGACGAACUUCAGCACAUCUGGACCGAGUGGAGGAGGAAUACCGGUAGAAGAGUACGGGAUUUAUACGAGCAGUUGGUUGACUUGACCAAUCAGGCAGCCAGAUUAAACAAUUUUACUGACGCAUCCGCGUACUGGAUGUUUCCAUACGAGACCUCAAACAUGCGGCAGGAGGUCGAUGACGUCUGGCAGCAGAUCAAGCCCCUUUACGACCAGCUUCACGCCUACGUUCGUCGUCGUCUGCGAGAAGCCUACGGUCCCGAGAGAAUCUCCAGAUCGGCUCCGUUACCAGCCCACAUCCUGGGAGACAUGUGGGGACAGAGCUGGUCGGGUAUCGUGCCUUUUACCCUUCCUUACCCUGGAAAAAAUUUGCUGGAUGUCUCUCAGGAAAUGGCGAAGCAGGGUUUCACUCCACUCACAAUGUUUCAAUUAGCUGAAGAGUACUUCGUGUCCAUGAAUAUGUCUGCCAUGCCUCCUGACUUUUGGGCCCUCAGCGUGUUGGACCAGCCCCCGGACAGACACAUCCACUGCCAGCCUUCUGCUUGGGACUUUUGCAAUAAGCACGACUAUCGCAUCAAAAUGUGCACACACGUGGACAUGAAGGAUCUGGUGACGGCGCAUCACGAGAUGGCGCACAUCGAAUAUUUCCUCGCCUACAGGAAUCAGCCGAAAGUCUUCCGUGAUGGUGCUAAUCCAGGUUUCCACGAAGCUAUUGGCGAGACAAUAGCACUGUCAGUUGGAUCCCCUCGUCACCUGCAAACCCUAGGCCUGGUUCAACGUUCGGUAGACGACACAGCCCACAACACGAACUUCCUGUUCACCCAAGCUAUGGACAAGUUAGCGUUUCUUCCGUUCGCGCUGGUGAUGGACAGGUGGCGUUGGGACGUGUUCACAGGAGAUGUCCGCAAGGAGCAGUACAAUUGCCAUUGGUGGAGAUUAAGGGAGCAGUAUCAAGGUGUGAAGCCUCCCGUGCUGCGUUCCGAGCUGGACUUCGACCCUGGAUCCAAGUACCACAUACCGGCCAACAUUCCCUACAUAAGAUACUUCGUGAGCACGGUACUCCAGUUCCAGAUAUUCAGGGCCCUGUGCGAGAGAACGGGCCAGUUCAUCCCAGGAGACCCGACCAGGCCGUUGCACAAAUGUGAUAUUUACAGAAACCCUGAGGCCGGAAGGAUUCUGAACCGUCUUAUGGAGCGAGGUUCCUCAGCGCCGUGGACUCAUAUAUUACAAGAGGCCAUAGGUGAAUCCCGACUAAACGGGGAAGCCAUGAGGGACUACUUCCGUCCUCUUGAAGAUUGGCUCAGCAGCGAGAACCUUCGUACCGGAGAAUUUUUAGGUUGGAGCUACGACGGAGAUUAUUGUAAAUUUAGCAUUGAAACCGCUGGUCUCCAAGUCUACGGAGGGUUCUACAAUGCUGCCCAACGCCACUAUGACGUCACCACUUUCAUAGCACUGUUUGUGACAUCAGCGCUCAUGACCAUAGCUUUCAGAUACAGAUAGAUGUCUACAAUUCAUGGAUAGAGUGAUAAGAAUCGUCGUGUAACCAAAAGCGAAUGUUCGCACGAAAAAAGAACGUAAAAUAAAUGAGUUUAGGUUUAAUUUGCUAUGUUUCUUGAACUAGCUUAAGUUAAAUUCUAUCUGUAUUAUAUAUUGUGGUUUUUAAUUAUUUUUUAAUAUAUUUUUUUGCACUUAUAUGAAAUGGUAUAGCGUUGUCCGGAUAGUCCAGUUAUUUUAGUGCUCACAUGUCGAAUGUAUGUUUGAGAAUGUGGACUUAUUUUUUUUUAAGCUUGUAACACCAUUUUUAUAUUGAUACCGUAGUGUUUCAAUUUAAAUAAAAAACUAUUCUUAAAUAUG